AUGCACCAACGUCCCGUCCUCUCCAGCUCCUCCUCUUCCGGUGCCCCCGGCCGACAAUCCCACGCCCGAACAAACUCCCACUCCCUCGUCGCCGGCCCCCUCAACGCCACCCAUCGUGUCACCAGACGCAAGUCUGUUACCAACCCCGGCCCCAACCUCGCCGCCCUCACCGCUGCCGUCGCCGGCGGCGAGCAGUCGGCCGCCAUGCCCAUCUUGGGCGCCGGUCGACGCAACGCCUCGUCCAAGUCUCGGGUCGGGAGCCUCCCCUCACCGCCCGCCAGCCUGCCCAUCCACAAGACAAUUCCCGACGUCAAGGAAAGUGCCAUCGACGACGAAGCGAACGAGGCAUCUGGGGAUGAGGAGCUGGGCAAGUCACCCAAGGCGCGCCUGCGCCGGGCUAGUGACGGCCAGCCCCUCGCCAAGGACGCCAAGAAGAGCAACCGCGUUGAGGUGCGCUGCGAGAAAUGCGGCAAGGGUUACAAGCACAGCAGCUGCCUGACGAAGCAUCUAUGGGAGCAUACGCCCGAAUGGUCCUACACCUCCAAGCUGCUCAUCUCCAAGCACCAGCAGGUCCAGCUGCUCGAGGCCGCUUCCGUCCUGGUUGCCAUGAAUGGCAAGGAAAGCUCGGCGACACCUCCCGACUCCACCAAGGAUUCUGCCAGCGAGCCUGACUCGGCGUCGCCCGCCGCCUCUGGCUAUUCGGAGCAGGGAGAGCGCCAGAGCUCGGCGGAUACCACACCACCGCCAACCAUCGAGGGCAUCAACUUUGGCGCAUCUCCGUACCAUGACACGUGGCAAAGCGGUGCUAGCGACUCGUCUCAGCAGUAUCGGAGCGCGUCACUCAACCCUCCGUUUGCCUCGGGGAAUGUGCUCCACCGGUCAGGGUUUGGACAUUUCCGGCAGCCAAGCCAUGAACGACGUCCUCCGUCCUCGGGAGCCAACAAGACGGGCCAGGAUGAUCGGGACUUGGCUGCCGCUGUUGAACUCCUCAGCUGCAGUUUUGGAAGCAACAACGGGUCUCAUGGCACCAUGACGCUCCCGGGAGAUGCACCUCCCGUGCCGCCUGUUCCGCCUCGAUACCUCGACCAGGCUGCUUCGCUGUCGAGCGCGGGCGUCGACGUCAAGAUGGAGGACAGUGGCGACGACGACGACUUUGAUAUGCUGUCUCGCGCUCGGAGCGACGAGGACGACGACGGCGUUUUCGGCCGCAUGGAGGAAUGA